CAUCAUAACCUUCUUGCAAGAUUCACCUUCAAAUCAACAAUGGCGGAAUUGGAGAGUCCAAAUGUGAUGUCUAAACUCAUAUCCUUCCUCUCUUCUCUCCUUCGCCGUGUGGCCGAGUCGAACGAUCUCAACCCGAGUUUCCAAACCCAGAAAAUCUCUGUCUUUCACGGCCUAACUCGACCAACCAUCUCAAUUCAGACUUAUUUGGACAGAAUUUUCAAGUAUGCAAAUUGUAGCCCUUGUUGUUAUGUUGCUGCUUAUGUGUAUCUUGAUCGGUUCACGCAGUGCCAGCCGGCUUUGCCAAUAAACUCUUUCAAUGUUCAUCGCCUGCUCAUUACUAGUGUUAUGGUAGCUGCAAAAUUCAUGGAUGACAAAUAUUACAACAAUGCUUACUAUGCUAAAGUUGGAGGAAUCAGCACAACUGAGAUGAACUUUCUUGAAGUGGAUUUUCUAUUUGGAUUAGGAUUCAACUUGAAUGUGAAACCCAACACUUUUUAUGCGUAUUGUUCAUACCUCCAAAGAGAGAUGAUGAUGAUGCAGCCUUAUCUUGACAUGGCAAAGCCCUCCUUAUUAACAGCACGAUCAUCAAACCUCCAUUUGUGUUUCAAUGAAGAUGAAUCGUCACAUCAACAGCAGCAGCAACUUGCUGUAUAAGCUUAAUGGGUUUUUAGCAUGUUUGGUAAGGUCGACUGUAGAGUACUAGACAGAGAAAAGAAAAGGCAAAAAUCUUAUCUUCUAUACGGUUCAACAUUGCAUACCAAACAUGCCCUUGAAUUCUUGAUGCGGUUAUGUUAGUGCCUUAGAGGUAGUGCUUUUCUUUCAUUUUCCCUUUUUUCCUACUCUUAUUUUGGGUUGCCAAUUUAAGCCCAUAAUUGUACCAAAUCCUUAUUAUCUCUCUGUUAUAUUUUCAAGAUUUUGAACUAGCCAUGUGUUGGGGUAUAUUUGGAAGUAAUUCAUAGGUAUAGACAGAUUUUGUUGUCUCUUCUAUAUGCUAUACUCCUUGGUCUAGUGAAUCUUCAAAUUUGUAGUCACUUUGAUAAUGAUCGAUUAAUAUUUGAAGAACGGGAUGGCAUUCGGGUA